AUGUGGUGCCUCCUUGUGCUGCUCUGCUCCCAAGGAAUUGCCACAGGAUUCGCAACACCCUCCACUCUGAAUUCAGACAAAAGCCAGUGCAGGAAGACUCGCAACCCUGAAUGCUUUAUGAACGUUAGUGAAAUUAUCAGAUACCAUGGAUACCCCAGUGAGGAAUAUCAAGUUACCACGGAGGACGGAUACAUUCUUACUGUUUUCAGAACAAACAGCCAAAAUACAGGGCAAAAGCCUGUAGUCUUCCUACAGCAUGCUUUUCUAGGAGACGCUACCCACUGGAUUUCUAACCUGCCCAACAACAGCUUGGGCUUCCUGCUCGCAGAUGUUGGCUAUGAUGUCUGGAUGGGAAACAGCCGAGGGAACACUUGGUCUUUAAAACACAAGACUCUUAAUCCCAACCAGAAAGAAUUCUGGCAGUUCAGCUUUGAUGAAAUGGGUAAAUACGAUAUUCCAGCAGAGCUGUACUUCAUCAUGAAUAAAACUGGACAGAAGGACGUAUACUAUGUUGGUCACUCUGAAGGCUCAACAUCAGGCUUCAUAGCAUUUUCUACAUACCCUGAGCUGGCUAAACGGGUGAAAAUGUUCAGCGCUCUGGGCCCAGUAACCACAUGCUCACGUGCUACAAGCCCUCUGAUUAAGCUGACAAAUGUUCCUGAACCGAUGCUCAGGUUCCUAUUUGGCUUCAAAGGAGCCCUCCACCAAAUCGGAUUCCUGAAAGGACCUGCAACACAGUUAUGUGCAAGCCUGGAUAAGUUUUGUGGCCAUAUACUCUGCUACAUAGCUGGAGGCAGUAUAAAAAAUAUGAACAUGAGUCGAAUAGAUACAUACGUAGGACAUUCCCCUGCUGGAACAUCAGUACAGAACAUUAUUCAUUGGCAUCAGAUAGUAUAUGCAGACCGAUUCCAAGCUUAUGACUAUGGCUCUAACGAAAACAUGAAGAAAUACAAUCAGUCUUCUCCACCUGUGUACAAGAUUGAGAAGAUAAGCAUACCAAUUGCUGUUUGGAGCGGUGGACAAGACAAAUUUGCAGAUCCAAAAGACAUGGCAAAGCUCCUUCCUCGGAUUACUAAUCUCAUUUACCAUGAGCAUUUUCCUGCUUGGGGACAUCUUGAUUUUAUCUGGGGCCUUGAUGCAACUGAGAGAAUGUAUCAGAAAAUCAUUGAACUAAUGGUAAAAUACUUUUGA